AAUCCCGCAGAAGAAGACUUUGAUGAUGAACAGAUGCAAUCAAUGUUUGACACUGGCUUUGCACAGAAUGUUGAAGUAAUCGGACUUCAAUGAUUUAGAAAAUGAGUUCCAGUUUCGACAAAAAAGGAGCUAACUGAAGAAGAAACUCAAUGAAUCAAAGAUUGAUGAACAUCAUAUAUGGAACCAGUGCAGCCAGAGUACAAUCCCUCAGGAACCUAUAUCAACUCGAGUAGCUCAUACAAAUUUCAAUA